GUCGAGGACAGGUGUAAAAAGAUUGGUAGCUAGUGGUUAAUAAAUUGACAAAGAAAUAGAAGCUGUCAAUUUUAUCGUAGCUACUUAAACACCAGUGAACUGUUUAACUGAACAGAAAAUACUUUGUUUAGGUUAUUCAAAGCCUGAAGACGAAGAGCUCGGCAAAACACCAUGAGAGUCGCACGGACUUCAUCCACCGGUCUCGCGAGCGCUACUGGCCUGACGCCAGAAAAGGAGAAGCUAGACUUACGGGAGUUACUACGUAUUCGCGACCAGUAUAAGAAUCUACUCUCCGAGGCUCGCACCAGACAUGCUCAUGCGGCCGCGUCUUCGAUUAAGCCUCCAGAGGCUCCGGGAACUGCGAAAACUGAGCAGCAUGGCGGAAGCAGUUCCAGUACUAGUGCUUCUGCACCAAGAACUGCUAGUCGCGUUUUACUUCCGCCACCUGUCAGUGUGGAUGGAUCGUCGCCACCAAAUAGCGGAGGACAACAAGCAUCUUCCCGACAACCUCCAGUUGUGCAACAGGUUGCACUAGACCUACAACACGGUGGAGAACAAGGAAACCAAAGCAGAACGGAAUCUCACAGUACCGUUGCAGAUCUGCUGUAUCUUGCGGAAGAAGUAGCGAGUGAAGUGGGACAACCGUCUGUUUCGGGACAUGCCGGGAACAACCGAGGGACAAAUUACAGCAGAAGCUCAGGUCAAAAUGCUGCAACAUCGUCGAAAGCAAGUAGUUCUAGUUUCUAUCCUCAAGAGGUAACCCCUGACUUGAACCGGUCUUUCGGGAACAACAGACGACCGAUGAGGCUCGAGGGUGGCACGUUGGACAGAAGCAAUAAGGGUGCGCAUGACAGUCUCAUAGUUAUGUUUGGAAUACAGAAAUAUUCGUCGCAUACUUGCUGGUUUAUCACUCGGUCAUCUUGCCCUUUCACAUGGAAGGUACAGGGUGGCUGAUCGGCCUCUAUCACGUUAGAAAAACGUAGAACGAGGUAUCAUGACAUGACAUUGCAGCAAUUGUUUUAUCCUCACGGUAAUUAUUAAUCCUAUAGAUACUCUCAUCGAUUGUUUGCUUAGCCCACCUUCACAUCUUUUUCAUCAAUGUCUCCUCUUUCAUAAGAAAUAGUCCAAUCUUAGCAGCAGCAGACGGUCAGCAGACGACGACGCAUCAGGUGCAUUAUUUCGAAGCAGAGCUUGAGGAACAUCAAAAAAAUUACGAAGACGAACAUCAUGCUCAUGUUCAUGACGAUGCUUACGAUUCUGAAUGCGACGAGAUGCUAAACGACACUCUGAGUGCUUCGCAAGCUGGAGAUAGUAGCUUUUUCGUCAACGAGCGAGGAGAAGUGCAGAUUCCUGUCGAAUUGAAGAUAAAGUUCAACGAAGUCUGUCUGCAAAUAGGGAUUGACUCUCUUACGCGAGUGUUUUUGCUAAGACAUUUUCGCAGUUUGCGAGAGCGGUGUAUUAGAAAAGCUGCAGCUGGAGGUGGGAAGGGGAAGGCUUUGGAAGCAGGUAAGAAUUUUUAUUUGAUUCUCUACUUUUGUUUUCUUCCAUGAAGAUCUGGAGCAUUAGCAUAAAGCUUUUACAUGAACAUAUGUCUGUAAAUGAAUAAAAACUUGUUCUCAUAUUGCCCCUCUUUCUACCUGCUUGAAAACAAGGUGCGCUCACUCUCGGUCGUGUUGUGAGCAACAGAGCUUGUCCCGAGGCUGCCUGUAUUCGUGACAUUGAGUUUGCACAGAGUUUAAAUGGCCUUGGAGGUGGAGAGGUGGUGUCAACUUGUUCUAAAAUAGAUGUGGAAGCAGAUGAAGGGGGUGAACUACAAGCAGAUCCGCAGCUCCCCGCUCAGAAACUGAAAGCAGCAGUCUCGAUGUUAGUACAGUGGCGACGAGGUUGGUUACGACGGGUACUCCUAAGGGCAUUCUGGCAGUUGAAGUUACACUGUACAGCUACCUCAUGUGCCGUGCCAGCAGUCGAGAUUGUAGACGAUCCCGCAGGAGGUCUCGCACUAGGAGGUUCUUCUAAUCAGGAACAUCGACUCUUAGCUUCAAAUCGGGACUUCAGAGCGACUGUGUCCAAAGAUGGCGCGGUUUCGUCGUUUGAAUACUACAAUUGAAAUCAAAUUGACCUUCAAAUUGACCUCAAUUUGGUGCACUCUCAGAGUCAAGUGAAAGUGGUACAAGAACAUGGCAAGAAAAUGAAAACUGAUUCUCAAAAACAAAACGGAAAGAAAAACGUCCUUGCUACCUCCAGAGUCGCUUCUGAUUUUUCCGACGACUAUUAAUGUAAUCCAUCGGGUGUUCUCCUACGUCUUCACCCGCACCAGGAGACACGGUCUUAUAUAAAAAUACAAAAUGCUGGUCUGGUAUUGUUUUUUCCCGAAAGAAACUGGCUCAUUUGAUGUAACAUACGAGAUUGACGCAGAAAUCUAUUCCUCUCUCUCUCUUGAUUUCGGUUCGGAUAUUCAAUUCUUGCGCAGGUACAAUAUUUUUCGAAAACUUGUUUCUGAG